AUGAUCUGUUUAAGAGCUCUACCUGGUGAGCCGCUUGAGUGUUUCACUCGAGUUUUCACGGUCAAUGAGGUACAGAAUGGAACUGACUUCUCCUAUGAGUUACAUUUUGAAGCUUCUACGAAGAACUCUACCACAAGUAGGCUCAUUUGGUUACUACAACCUGAUUCCACGAAACCAGUGUUACGACAUUUCUGUAUUGCAGUGAUCUUCCGCUUCCUGUUUUUCAAUCGACAUGUCGGCGUGCUUUAUUCUUGUUUGAGCAUCUCACACGAUGGUAAAUGCGAUGAGCGUGCCAUUUAUGUGAUUUCUCGCCACGAAACAAUCGACCAUGCAGAGCUGAUCGUCCUUGAAAAAGUAGCCAAGGCGGUAUGCGUUGACCCGCAUGUGCUUUACCACACUGCAACAUUCGGUAUGUGCUGUUUCAUUUCGGAGAUAACAAAGCUUGUACCUUUCGGAGAGAAUGUUUCAACGGCUUUAUCAUUCGAUAACAAAAAAGGCUUUAUUCCGAUGACUGGUGAUAAUAAUCAUUAUCCGCUAAUGCAACAACUAAGCAAUUAA